AUGGCCCCCCCCCCCAUCUCCCCCCUCCCCAUCUCCCUCCCUCUCCCUCCAUUGGCGUUUCGACGUUCGCCCCUGGCACCUCGUGCCGCUCUUCUCUUGCCGCUUUCCGAGUCCCUUCCGUCACAACGCCCCCCCCGCUCUCUCGUCACACGCCGCUUCCGCAGACGAAGUAUGCAGUGGACAGAAGUGGACCAGGAGCAGCUGCAUCGCUUCUUGGAGGGCUUCACUAACCCAGACCCGUUGGUGCAAGCCUCGAACCUAGAACAGCUCCAAGCCCUGUCGGACUACCCAUCUGCAUUAGUGUCCACACUCGCUAUUGUCUGUGAUGCGGCAGCCUCCGUCACUGUGCGACUCUCUGCCACUACGGUGGCCCGCCAGCUACUGCGCUGCGGCGACCGGCUGCCACUCUACCUCAGCGCUACAGGGGAUGAUCCGGCAACGGCGGCGCAGUCCAUAGCAGAGGCCCUCUUUGACGCUGCCCUCGAGGGCUCGUCCUCGCUAUCAUCGGCAACCACGGCAGCACCACUACAGCGCGCCACAGCGAAUCUCAUCGCCUGCCUGCUAAGUGGCUUGGCUCACACAAGCCUGGCAGCCACCGCCACUGCACUCUGGUCCCGCAUCAUAUCCUCUCUCCUCCAACGCACAGAUCCGGCCACGCUCAUCGUGAACCACGCAUUUCAAGGCGGUCACUGGCACACAGCUCAGCGUGGGGCCCUGUGCGCUGCGUUGCUGCGCGCGAUAUGCGAGGCACCCCUUUCCACGUCGAAGGUCCUGCGUGAACGGUUGGGCAGCCAAGCAGCCGAGUGCUUGGCCCUCUGCUCCCUUUUCACGCAGCUGCUGCAACUACUCGAAACGCAGAUGGAGACGGAGCAAGCCGCGAGCAGGGCAGCAGCGCGUUUCAAUGCGUUGUGGCUGGAAGAGACUCUCACUGCUUUUCAGGCGUGCAUGGAGUCCGGUCUUCUGCCUUGUGCUCCCUCAGACUUCUUGCGCGCGCCCGCUAGUGACCAAUCUGUCACCUCGCCUGGCGCGGACAGCAGCAGCACCGGCUUGGGUGAGGGCCCCUCUAUGCAGGCACUGCGCGCCGUGGGCACCGCAGUUGGCAGUGUUCAAAUCGGCGCUCAGGGCCUCCUCCUCCGUCACGUGCUGGGGCGUCUGGAGCUUUGGGACGGCCAGAGUGCGGGCGGCGCUUUCCCGCGCGAGGUGGUUGCGUCUGCGGCUCCUUUCGUGGCGGUUGGCAUGCGGUACAUGGCCGACGCGGUCGCUCUCGAUGCGGUCCAUCCUCUUCACGGCGCCUUCCACGCCACGGCAACUCCUCUGCUUGCAAAAUUCUGCCAUGCGGCGUGCCUUGCUGAGCUCCAGUACGACGGUGCCGGUGAGCCUGACAGUGUUCACGCCGCUGUCUUGGCCUGCAUAAACUACGUGACAGAGUGGAUGAAUACAGAGUGCGCGCAUCUCAGCGCACCUUCGAGCCGCCUUGCCGCGUUCUCGGCUCAUCCCUCGAUGGUGACUGCACCAACAGAGGGCUACGUCUCCUGCCUCUACAGCAUGCUCGUAGAUGCAGCUACGCUUCCACCAUCCGUAGCUGAUGCGCUAGAGGAACACACAACACACCAACCGGACAGCGCCGCAGAUUUUCUGGUGAAGUCGGCCGCCGGGCGGCGCCGGGAGCCCCGCGGCAGUCACACGCAGAAAACUUAUGAUGAAUGGACUUCGGUUGCCGCCGAACCCGCAGAGGAAACGCGGAACGCGUCAGCAGUCGUAAUGCCAGAGAGCUGUGACAAACAGGAUGACACCUUACUUGCAGACGCGCUGGAAGUCGCGCUACCGGACAACGGGAUACUGCGGCACGCCGUAGCCUGGUGUGCAGCUGGGCUCUCCUGCAAGCAGGCGUGGAUGAUGGCGGUUGCACCUUUAGUCGUGCGCCCUGCAACAAUCUCCCCGCUUGCAAGCCUCGGUGCAGCCUGCGCCGCAGAGUCCGCCUUGUUUGUGAACAACGAGUUCCUCGAUAGUAUCCUCGCCGAGGACGAAGUCAGCGCCUCCCUCGCCGCAGCAACUCCUGAGCUGCUCGUGCAACAUCUUGCAGCGCAGGUGCAGUCUGUCUUGAGCCUCCUCGGCCCACCAACACAAGAAGGCUUUGGCACUCGCGCUCCAUUCUUUGUGCGCAUCCAGGCUGUGAGGUAUCUUGGAAGGCUAGUGGUUGGCCUACUGGACGCAUGGCAGCACACUUCCAGCGCUGAUCACGUGAUUCGAAGCAGGUCAGGUAUUGAAGAGCGUGCCCACAGGGUGAUGCUUGCAGUCGGUGGCCUGGAAAAAUUGCUUGGCCUUGUCCUCGGUCACCUGACCACGGAGGUGAGUAAAGCCGCUCAAGUAGAAUGUGUCAAGACCCUCAACUCCGCUCUUACCUCAUACCUGAAGGUGAUGGAGCAGCUGAUGCGCAGUGCCGUGAACAGCGGUGCUGCAUCGGACCUCGAGGAGGAAUCUCUGGGCAGCACCAGCGGCAGCAGUGGCGAUAUGGAUGCCGGUGACGAAAGCGGCGAUGCAGCUCGCCAUCUUUUGCUCAGUGACGCCUGCGAACGUGCGCGCGUCUUUUUUCAGUCCUUCGGCGCCACGACGGACCUUUGCGCCGUUGUGGAGGUGUUGCGUGUUGUUUCUUCACACCUCCCGUCCUUCCAGUGGAGCGUCCGGCAAGCUGUGUACCACCUCUUCAGUGAAGCACUGCCCUCGCUCUGGCGAACAGCACCAUUGGUGGACUCCUUGUCUGCAAGCCAGGCGGAUGGCACCCACUCAGUAGCAUCGUACUCGGCUCGUUUGGUCACCGCGCAGGUUUUGGAGGCGCUGGCCCAGCACUACGCGACACUCCUCCGCAGCUCUUCCCUUUCCAACAAUGCCUCUCCGAUGCUGGAGAUGGCGACGCUGCUGACGUCAAUGGCGGAUGUGACGAGUGCGAUGGAUGGUGGUGCACUGGAAAUGGUCGUACCGUGGAUUCUGCAAGUGGCACAUCACAUGCUCGACCUCUACGCUCACUAUCUCACCCGUCGCGCACACUCCGAUCACUUGCCAACUGCUGACAGCGCAAGUGGGGUUGUGGACAUGACAGAUAUGUGCAUGGUGAGCCUCGAUCUCGUGAGCUGCGUGUGCGAUGGUGUCAUAGACCGUGACGCGCUGCUGGAGCAGCAGCUGCGGCCGAAAGAAGAUGGUGGUGCUUUCGGGACUAUGGAUGCGCGUGUGAUGGCGCUUGCAACGUCGAUGCUCCUCCCUCCCGCCGCCAGCGGCAUCGGAUGUGAUGGCGCGCCCAGCAGCUGCAGUGGUUCUGAGGCGCUGCCAAACCGCUGCAUAGCGCUUCUGGCUGCAUGUCAGUCACUGGCAGAUCAUCCAACCCAUGUCUCGACAAGGCUGAACAGUGUGACUGCGGACGGUGCUGUUGAAGAUGAAGCGUUCUGUCUGUCAGAUGAGUUCGGUGACGUGCGCCGAGCCUGCUUCGCCAUCGUUUAUGACUGUGUCUUCCUCGUUGCGUAUCGUUCUUCCCUUUUUCGGCCUCUUGAUGUGGCUGUAGCGCCCGACACUGGGCUGGUGAGCAGCCCGAGAUGUCUUUCCGGCUCCCUUGGAAGAGAUCUCUUUGCGUUGUGCAUGCGCGAGGUGCUUCCCUCUAGUACGCCUUUGUCUGUGACGCAGAGUGCAGACUACGCAGCGCGCUUCCGCUUCGUCUCGGCCCACAACGCUGCAGCCUCCGAUGCAUGGCUUUGUUUGGGGUCUCUCUUGAGUCUUUGGGACCAGCAGCACUGGCAGACGAGACGCAGCGCCGCGCGUGGUGCGCAACCCACAUGCGAAGGAGAACGCGGCCCACGCUCGGUGUUCCACAUUCACGGACUCGAGUCCACCGCAGAGCUGCACUCUCACGGUCUGCACACCCUGAACUAUCUCUUGGCUCUUCUACAAGACACGAGAGGCACCAUCAUGUCCAACAUGAGGCUGAACAUGACCACCGCUGCCUGCGGUUUGGCAGUGCUGCUAUGCGACUCUGGUCGUUCGCACACCGAUUCUGGUGCACUGGCACCUGUGUGUCCUCUCCCCUUCGCCACCAUCUCUGCCACAUUUUCGGUGGCCGCCAGCACUCGUAUACAGGAGUACGCUCCCAAUGCCUCGGGCGGAGACCUGAGCGGCAUCAGCGAAGCUGCCCACGUGCUGUGGUGCCUCGGCCGCCUGUGGCAGGAGGCGGUACAACCGCUUCCCCAGGACGCAUUGUGCUCAUUUCUGCGCUCGAAUGGAAGGGAGACCACCAAGACGAUUUUGUGGUGGACGCGAUGUGUGUUUGGAGCGAAGAAGCGGCUGCCGCCUGCUGACCCCCCUGCGUCGGCAUCUGCCCCCUUCUGGGGAUCCCUUCUGGAGCUGUGGCGACCUGUCGCGCGCGCACUUGUGCAGGCCGCGAAAGGGAAAGCACUCUCACUGACGCAGGCGCAGCUCUCCGAGCUGGGUCAACUGGAGCGACUGUGA